UAGCCCAAACCAACCCGGGAUAGCCCAGCCUAGCCCGACCCGGGAUAGACAGGGCAACAUAGCUCAGCCCGGGACAGUGACCUGAGAGUGAGACAGAGACCGGGACAGGACAGGACAGGACAGUCCAGCCCGGAACAGAAGUGGUGAACGAGGGAGCCGGGGGCAAGUCAGCCCAGCCCAGCCCAGCAGUGGAGCGGAGAGCGGGAGCAGGAGUGCCUUUCACCAAACGAUGUGGCCCGUUCACGAGAGGGUGUCCGGGUUAAGGAAUCACUUCUGAGGACUUCCGCCUCUGUUGCAAGGGACGUCGGGAAGGAACUAUGGCUCUGCAGAAAGGUCUCCCGAUGUGGUUUGGGGAUGAGCUGUCGUCGCCGAGGCCACCGUUGACUCCUUGCCACGGUCCGGGUCUGACGGACGUUUCUCGGUACGACCAGUGGCUGAGCGUGCGGCACGAGGCCACCCUGGUCCCCAUGCAGGAUGACCUGGCCAUCUGGCUCAGUGGGCUACUAGGGAAGGAGCUCAGAGCAGAGAACUUCAUGAAGAACCUGGACAAUGGUGUGGCACUCUGCAAGCUAAUCGCUCUUCUCCAAAAGAAAGUGAAGGAAUGUGGGAAUCUGGAGAACUUGGAGCAUUUCACACUGCGGAGGGUUCGGUGUAAAGCCGACGCCAGCCCGGGAUCCUUCUUUGCUCGCGACAACACGGCCAAUUUCCUCUCGUGGUGCAGAGCCAUUGGAGUGGACGAGACCUACCUGUUCGAGUCUGAGGGACUGGUGCUGCACAAGCAGCCCCGGCAGGUGUGUCUGUGUCUGCUCGAAAUUGGCCGAAUUGUGUCCCGCUUUGGGGUGGAGCCUCCGGUACUAGUGAAACUAGAGAAGGAAAUUGAACUCGAGGAAUCUCUGCUGACCAACUCCAAACACGUCGCUCAUGCAGAAAACCCAAAGCCAAGUUGUCAUAACAAAGGGCUUCACCAAGCGGUGAAAGUAAUUGCCAACGACCCUCCUUGCAAAUGUUCCCACCGGUUCUCCAUCGAGUUCUUAUCCGAAGGCCGCUAUCGCCUGGGUCAGAAGAUACUUUUCAUCAGGAUGCUGCAUGGGAAGCACGUGAUGGUCCGUGUUGGCGGUGGCUGGGACACGCUCCAGGGCUUCCUACUCAAGCACGACCCAUGCCGUGUGCUGCACCUCACGGCACUGGAGGAGAAGAUCGUGGCGUGGGAGCGGUCUGGAGCCCCCCGCCCCAAGACCCCCCGCCCCUCCCCUCACUGCCGCUGCACCCACUCCCCCGCCCGGCCGUCCCCCAGCAUCCGGGUCUGCUCCCCUGCCCCUGAGUUGCCUCUGACCCCGAGGCUCGGAGUUGGACGAUGCCGCCAGGCCAGGGCCUCCCCCAGGACUCCGGGCAGGACCCCCCUGAGGAGACCCCUGGGGCUGGGUGCGGCUGAACCCACUCCCAAGCUGAGCGCCCGUUCUCCGGCCCCCCCCAUGCUCCGUCGCAGGGCCGUGCCUGUCGCAGGGCCUGUCCCAACCAAGGCCUCGGGCCUGUCGCGGGCCCCAGCGGCGUCCCCCGCCCCUUUCCCCUCCCCUCGCACCCCUCGUAACCCCCUGGCCCCAGUGAAGUUGCUCCAGGGCCCGGCUCGGACAGCCAAAACCUCUAGGCCGAAGCCCAAGGCCCAGCAGGCCACUCUGGCCCGCUCUGCCGUGAAAGCCGGGCCCUCGGCCCCCUCCCACCGCACCCCGGGACGGGGCGAGGACAAUUACCUGGUGAUGACUGGGGGAUCCCGGGCCAGGGAGUGACGGGACUGGCUGCCGGCAAGGUGGUGUGCGGACAGUGGAUUUGGGCAGGGAAGCCCCUCUUGGGUCUGCUCCAGGGAUACCCAUCGGUGGUGCACAGGUCAAUAUUUAACCGCGGGUGAUCAUGCAUUGCUGCCUGUGGGAUCUUGCUGUGCGCUCACUGCCUACAUCCCAGCCUUGGAUCUUCAUUGACUGGCCUUCCUUGGCCGAGCUUUGCCUCCAGACUCCCCACCGAGCAUUAACCCCAUCCAUUGAUGACCGGAGGCUCUUCCUACAGGCCCGUGUCCUGAGCCCGACUCUGAACCCGUGCUCCACCUGCGUCCACCACCUUUGGCCUUCCUUAAUCUGAGUCCCCUUCUGGAGAAGGUGGGAGGGGAGAAACUGACCCUGGAGGUCAUCCAGUCUCAGCCCAUCCACCCCACACCCUGCCCAUCUCUGUGGCCCUGGGGUGAGGAGUCGCACGUGAUCUCACCCUACCUUCUCUGGGCUGCAAAACACUAAAGCAGGACCUUGUAUUUAACUUUUAAUAAUACCCUCGGACCAUUGAAAAAUAAUAUUGUGGUGCGGAGGAUUACGCUGCGAGAGGGCAGCCCCUUGAACUCUCCCUGCCCCCUGAAUGCCCACAGACAGUGGGAAUCGGAGCAGCCCGUUAAGGACCAAUACGGGGACAUUCCUAGCCAUUACUCUCUUAGUUAAGCACUGGCUAGUGGUGUGUCUUACUACUGAACCAUGGUCUCUAGAUUGCUCCAUGGGCACCACAGGAGACCAUUUCCUGGGCAAAAUGUCCUGCAGUCAGCAAAUUGCAAGAUGUUCCUCGCUCCUUCUGUAUUUAUGUUUGUGUAUUUAUGUUUGUGAUUCAGGUGGAGGUAAAAUGGUGUUGCGGGCAGGGUGAUGAGUGAGUUGGCCAGGUGCCCUGGGAGGGCGUUCUGUAGCGGCAGAGGGUGAGGCAGUUUGUCCGGGGUGGUUGGUGGAAGUUAAAAUGUUAGAUGUUUAUCAGAGCAGGAAUGUCUUCAGACAGGACCAAAGGGCAGAGUGUUCCACAGUAUGUCUGCUUACUGUCCAAAAUCCAGUUUCUGAUGGCCCAGCGCUCUUUGGCACGGACUAUCUGGGUUCAAUUCUCAGCAGUACACCUUUCAGGGCAACGCGUGGGGAAGGUCAAUCUGAGGAAGGGUCCUGACCCCGAAUCCAUGUUCUCCACAGAUGCUUCCUGACCCAGUAAGUUGCUCCAGUGCUCUGUGUCCUUGUGCGAUGAGGGAAGGUUGCUUGUUCGAAAGUUUCCAACUCGCCCGAGUCAGUGUAACGUCAGGAAGCUGGGCACUGAGUUACGGGGCGGGUCACGACCCCAACCAUUCCAGGGCCCCAAACAGACCAUCCGCCUUGUGUGUUGGUUCUGUGCGUACUCCCGAGCAAAUGAAUGAAUAGAGGGAGAGUAGGUAUUCAUGGCUGCAUUGGAUGCUAUUGCACCUUGCUAUGGCCAAGCUGGUUCCAAUAGUUUGUUGGUGGGGUGACUGAGGUGCCUUCAGUCUCCCUGCUUGACUUGGUAGAUUUGGGAGGGAGCCUCUGUUCUCUGCACAAGCCCUUUGCUGCUGCCACCAUCUCCAGCAGGAGACAUCAGGCUGUGACCUCCAAUGCUUGUUACUUUGAAGGUUGGAUGUGCACCAGCACAUCCGUGGAAAGUGCUUGGUUCCCCACAACCCUCGUGGGGAGGGGGUGGUGCCAGGGGUGAAGUCCCCUUCUCUGGAGAACACCCCUAUAAACUGCCCCUGCCCUGGGUAAUAGUGGUGGGACUUAUGGGAGUGGUCUGUGGUUGUGUAGUCCACACCGUGCCCCAGUCGGGUCACCGCUACAGAGUCAAGGAACUGUCUUUGGAAGAAGAAGAGCAGGCCAUUCAGCCCUCUGAACCCAUACUAUCCUUCAGUUGGAACAUUUCCAAUUGCCACUACCUCAAGUUAUUCCCGCUGGUGUCUAGAUUCCAUGGACCAGGAAGAGUUCCUCACAGCUUUGUGAGAACAUUCUUCCAGUUGUCACUCCAACUGUUUGGUUCUACGUUAAGUCAACCCUCUUUUGUUUCCUCCCUGGAGGAAUAUGUACUCCCUCCGUCCUUUGCAUGGUUGCAAAUGCUUGGACAAGUUUGACCCAACACUCCAGACCAAUAGAAGCCAAGUUAACGCAACCUGUCUUCAUGUUAUAUCGCAGAUGCUGCAUUUAUCUAAAUGUCAUCAGGCUUUCCAAAUUUUCUCUGCGCUGGCAUUAUACUUUGCAUAUUUCUGUACUCCUGCAUCACCCACUAUGAUGUAGAACAUUGUGUAACCUUAGAGGGGAAUAUCAAGGUACUUAACACUGGAGUCCUGUUGUGGAAGGACAUCUUUAGUGCUUUACAGCCGGGUACUGUUUAUUGGGGUCUUACUGUGGUUUUGCCACCAUUUCCCUCCUGCAGGAGGUAAUGUUUCCCCCUCCCCAUCGCCUGCAUGUGGGUGAGGGGUGGGGGGGCUUCCCUUGGGAACUAAACUGGAAAAAGCAAGAGCUCUUGAGACUUGUGUUACUGUAAAUGGGUGAAACCCGAGCUUGAUCUUUAAGUUAAAAGUCAGCCUUGGAAUGCUGGAGGCACUGAUUUUGAUACAUGUCUUGGUUGCAUCAACUCUGUGAAAACCUCAACAGCUGUAAACUAGAAAUAUAGCUCUACUAAAAAAUAUAUUUAAUACCAAAACAAUCAAUAAAAUUAUUGAAUGGAA